GCUGAAGAGAGCAUGCGAUUGCAAACACAUUGCCUUCCUCCGCCGAUUGGAUUUCAAACAGCUCGCAUACGUACACUGGAUUUGGACGUUUUUGCGGUUAGGGUUUGGGUUGCGGAUUGAGCACGAUGGAGAAUUCAGAUUCCAAGGAUCCUUCCCAGUCCGUCAGAGUGGCUGUGAACAUCAGGCCGCUGCUUAGUGCGGAGCUUCUCCUUGGCUGCACUGAUUGCAUCACCGUACUGCCUGCCAAUUAUCGGGUCCGCAUUGGGUCUAGUUCAUUCACGUUCCAUCAUGUUUUUGGAGGUGCUGGUUACCCAUCAUCCCGUAUAUUUGACGACUGUGUUCUCACCCUAGUUGAGUCAUUAAUAUUUCAAGGAUAUAAUGGCACAUUACUUGCGUAUGGACAGACAGGUUCUGGGAAGACUUGUACAAUGGGAGCAGACUAUAAUGGAUUAGACAACAGUGAAGGAGUCAUACCUCGAGUAAUGGAAACCAUAUUCUCUAGAGUAAAUGAAUUGAAGGAUUCAAUGGAGAGUCUAAUCAAGGUGUCUUUCAUUGAGAUAAGGGACAUGAUUUUUAGUGAUUGAAUAAGGAAAUCAUUUCUUGUAUAUAAACUGAUAUGGUGAUGCACUCUUUUCCUUUGAACCUGUGAUUUUGCAGAUCUUUAAAGAGGAAGUUUUUGAUUUACUAGUUCAAAACACACCAGCACAGAACGGCCAGAACUCCCAUUUAUAUUAGAGAAACUGCUGUUGGGGGGAUUGCACUAGUAAAUCAAAAACUUCCAUUCUAAUAUGAAUGGGAGUUCUGGCCGUUCUGUGCUGGUGUGUUUUGAACUAGUAAAUCAAAAACUUCCUCUUUAAAGAUCUGCAAAAUCACAUGUUCAAAGGAAGAGAGUGCAUCACCAUAUCAGUUUAUAUACAAGAAAUGAUUUCCUUAUUCAAUCACUAAAAAUCAUGUCCCUUACCUCAAUGAAUCCUUCAAUUCAUUUACCCUAGAGAAUAUGGUUUCCAUUACUCUAGGUCUCCUUCACUGUUGUCUGCUCCAUGAUAGUUUGUUCCCAAUUACAACACGCAGAAAGAGAAGUGGACCAUGAGCGAGUUAAUUGUUAUGUGUGUUUAAGAAGAAGAGCGCCUAAAAGUUGAAAAACCAGACGUUGCUCAUCUUACCAUCACAAACUCAAGGAAAAGGAAAGGCAACCGUCAAGGAGAAGGAAAAGGUAACAUUUCUAAGGUCCCAAAGAUAGGUGCAAGCGUGAGCUUUGGUCCCUACUGUAAGUUUUGCCAUUUCAAAGGGCAUUACCAGAGGGAGUGUCAUAAGUUUAAGACAUGGCUGACUAAGAAAGGAUUCCAUUCAAUCCAGACAUUGGGAAGAAAGCAAAGAGUGAUUAAGGUGGGCAACGGAGAAUAAUUAGAAGUAGAGGCCAUUGUAACUAUCUCAUUAAUUUUAGAGAAUGACUUCAUUCUUCAUCUUCGUGAUGCUCUUUAAGUACCUAAAUAUUACUCGUAAUUUAGUGUUUGUAUCGAAACUAAGUGCUGAUGGUUUUACAUUUAAUUUCGUAUACAAUAAAGUGACAAUAAGCUUGAACUCAAAUGUAAUAGGAUUUGGUAGCAUGGAGGGAAACCUCUAUAAAUUAUGCUUAGAUACUAAUUUUAUGGAAUCCCAAUUGUCAUUUAAUAUAACUGAAAAUCCUUGCAAGAGAAAGAGAGAAUUGGAAUCGUCAUCCAAUUUGUGGCAUCAAAGGUUGGGCCACAUAUCACGAGAUCGAAUGAUAAAACUCGUGAAAGACGGCAUUCUUCCAAAUUAUGACUUCUCGAAUUAUGACAAAUGUGUGAAGUGUUUGAAAGGGAAAUUAUCAAAGAAAAACGAAGAAGGCGCCACACGAAGCACCGGUUUGUUAGAAUUAAUACACACCGAUAUUUGUGGGCCUUUUCCCGAUUCCAUUAGUAGUCAUAACUCGUUUAUUACUUUCAUAGAUGAUUACUCAUGUUAUAUGUACUUAUAUUUGAUUAAGGAAAAAUCUGAAUCUCUAGAUAUGUUCAAGGCUUAUAAAGCCGAAGUUGAAAAUCAAUUUGAUCGAAAGAUCAAAGUAGUGAGAUCGGAUAGGGGUGGAGAGUUCUAUGGUCAACACACUGAUAUUGGUCAAGCUCCCGGCUCUUUCCACGAAUUUUGUAAAGAUCAUCAACCAAUAUACCAUGCCCGACACCCUUCAACAAAAUAGGGUUGCCGAAAGGCGGAAUAGGACUCUUAUGGAUAUGGUCCGAAGUAUGUUGGCUAAUUCAAAUCUUCCCCAAUUCUUAUGGACCGAGGCCCUAAAAACAGCAACCCACAUAUUGAAUAGGGUGCCAUCAAAAUCUGGCCCUAAAACUCCAUAUGAGUUAUGGACGGGCAGGAAGCCUAGUCUACGGUACCUAAAAGUGUGAGGUUGUCCGUUUGAAGCAAAAGUGUAUAAUCCUCAAUUGAAGAAACUUGACAUGAGAACCAUUAGUUGUUCCUUUAUUGGCUUUCCCGAAAGAUCUAAGGGAUAUAGGUUCUAUUGCUAGUAAUUGUCAUAUAUAUGACUAAAAAUAAACUUAAAUGCACAAAUAGGACCAUAUCUUUUUUAUUCGUUAAAUAGGACUCCGGAUUACCAUUAUACCCUCCUAUAUAAUUAAAUGAAAACCGUAGGAAUUAAUCGCAACCCUCCCACUAUCUCACGAUCUGCUUUUCGCGACUCUCUCAUGGCUGCUCCCCCAUGGCGGAGCUCUCACAAUAGGCUUUGCUCGAUUCUCCCAUGGUUGGAGCUCUCACGAUCGGCUCUCUCUUCGCCUCUCAUCGUCGCCUGAUGUGUGUUUUCUCGCACUUAAAAUAGAUAGUAAUAUAGUGGUGUAAGUACGAGUAUCGUCUCCACAGGGACGGACAAAAGGGAAUCAAAGAUUAACUAAAUUCAGUGAUUAAAAAGAAAAUAAAUAAAUUAAAAUGUGAUGUGCGAGAUUGGUUGGUUGAAUUAAAAUUAAAACUAAUGCAGAUGAGCGAUUAAAAUAAAAGCUUGGUUUCUUUCUAAUUAACGACGAAGGAAACAGAAAUGGAUUCCGGGGUUAACCAGAUUUCUGGCAGAACAGACCUAAUUACAUGAAUUUAAUUUAAUUGAGCCUAGCUAAUCAUUACUAAGUUCUUACCGCUCUCGCGGCGUAGAGUACAAUAAUUUAGGGGACCAGGCUGAUCUCUCAUGCGACAAGACCCUAAAUUAUUGUCAAAACGAGCGAGCUUACGGCCCCUUAAUCGUUACUAAUCUCUUAGCGAACGAUUAAGUGUGUGUGAAUGUGUCCUAGAAUAAACUAGAUCUCUCUUAAUUUAUUCUGCAAGCAAUUGUAAUUCUAGCCGCGGUUCCAGGUUACAAAAGAUAUCAGUUAAAUUAUUCAAACACAAAUUAAACGGCAUUCAUGCAAUUAAACCAACAAGAAUCUAGUCAUCAAUCAUGAUUAAACCCUUCAUCAAUCCCAGACCCCUAAUUAAACUACUCACAAUUCAUAAUUGAAGAAUCAACAGAAUUGAGAUGAAUAGAAAUAAUUGUCAUUAAUUAAAAAGAUAAACUUACAAAUAAUCCCAUGGUUUUGGAAUAAAAUAGCGUAAAAACGGUGUUAAAUUCGUCCCUAGGCCUCUCCGUAAUGUUCGUCACCCCUAAAAAGGGUUAGGGAGACCUUAUUUAUAGAAAAAGGGAAAAAAAACUCAAUUCUGGUUGAGGUGGGAUUUUUCCGCGCGUUACUCGGGGCUACGCACGAUCGUGUGUCCCUGGCUACGCACGAUCGUGCGUAGCAAGCAGUGUCAUCUCCGUGAUUUUGUAACGGACGCACGACCGUGCGUCCCAGACGCAUGACCGUGCGUCCCAGACGCAUGACCGUGCGUCCCUCUUUUUCGCUCCUUUCUCUUGUUUUCUUGCUCCAAACGCUCCCGGAUGCAAACGAGGUCGAUCCAAAUGCUCUUUCUACAUCAAAAUUUCGCCGUGAAUCACCAGUGACCUCCAAAUCUCUCGAAUCUUUCUUGAAUGCUCUCUAGCUCCUCCCGAUUGUCUCUCAAGCACCGAUUGCCGGACUCUAACUUCUUCAAUUUGACUCCAAAUGCAACAAAACUUGACCUAACGCCUGGUAAUCACAACUUGAACUAAAAUUGAGACUUGCAACACCUUAAAGCUAGGAAAACCAUCGAAAUCCAACUCCAACACGCAUCAAAUGCGUGUUUACAUACGAACUUAUCAGAUUCCCCCACACUUAAGCUUUUGCUUGUCCUCAAGCAAAUCGAACAACGGGACUUACGAUAAUCACCACACGGAAUUAAAACAGUUAGCAUGCCCAAGUAGUUACAGGGAUAUUCACAGAACAGACAAUCUAAACCAAGAAAAUUCUUCCCUAAACUAUAUCUUUGUACUCAAGCUAAACUAUUUGACAAAGUAUUCACAACAUCCUUAAAGUAACGACAACAUACACAAAUAAACUAGCUAUUAAUCAUAAGGACUUGUGAAAGUGGUGGUGGACGGGUUAUGGAUAACAAUAAUAGUCCCUUUCUUUUGAGAGAUUGGAAUAUUCUAACAAAGACUCAAUGUAUUCAGGAACUUCAGGGCUAUUCUUCUAGAGUAUCACCAUAACGUCUUAUUUGGCUAAAAGUCAUCAAGACUCUAGAGAGAAAUUCUUGGACAGAUUCAUUAUCGUUCAUAAUCAAAUUAUCAAAAUCACGCCAUAGAUUUUGUAAUUUGAUUGAAAUAACCCUUUCAUAACCUCCAAACUGAUUUUUCAAAGUCUGCCAUGCUUCUUUUGCUGUUUUAGCACUUGUAAUGCGCGGAAGAAUGGAUCGGCUUACCCCUUGGUGCAUAAAGGUCAGAGCCCUUGCAUCCUUGGUCUUGUUUUCUUUAUACUCCUUCCUUUGUUGAUUUGUCAACCCAGCUACCUGCUCCUGAGUCUGCGGCGUGAAUUCUUCUUCAACGACAUCCCAAAUAUCAUGAGAUAGAUAGUGUCUGCAUUAGAACACUCCAUUGCUCGUAGUCUUGUCCAAAAAAAGUUGGAACUCCUUGCUGGGAAUAUGAGAAGGCUAAUUCAUUGUUGCCUGCAGAAGCCAUUGCAAAAAACGGCAUUACUUGGGGCCUAAAACAGGCUCUGAUACCAAAAAUAUGUUGGGUUGUUUAGAUAAAGAUAGAAUAUAAAUGGAGGCUAGAAAGAAAAUAUGUUUCAUUGAUAACUUUCUCUACACUUACAUGCCUUACAACCUGGAUAUAUAUAGGCUAAACAUAAUAAAUAACCGUGCAACUCUUUGUAUUCUAGGACUCUUCAAGUGAAGUAACUUUAUUAUUAGAAGUAUCUAGAAAAGCAGUUUCAUAAUUAUUAAUUGACUCUUGAACAAUUAUCACCUAUAAUUGGAUCAACGUUUAUUUCUGCAUCCCAUGUUUGUUAUAAAAUCUCUUUGUGCAGCACUCGUUUUUUGUUAGAAUGUUGAGAAUAUAGCCAGUCAUUUAUCACAGCCAACAAAUUCAGAAAUUUUACUUCUGCACCUCAUGUUUACAUAGCACCCUGCUCAUCGACUAUUAACCAUGGAAUGCAAGAUCUAGUUUUGGUGGAAGCGUGUGGUGCAAAAACUAAUUUUCCCCUCUUUUAUACAACAUAUAUAAGCAACACAUGCGGUGCCAGAUAAUUUCAUUUUUGCUUGCCCCCACCCCCCAACUAAAAAUAAAAGGAAAAACUUAAGUAUUAUAACAUGUGCCUUUGAAGGUAGAGUAGAAGUUGAGGAGAAGGAGUUGGAACGUUCUUCUCUUCAAGAAAACCUUGAUAGGGAACUCAAAGAACUGGACAAAAGGCUUGAACAAAAAGAGGUUUAUGCACAUAUCCCAUAUUCCCAUGCUUACCUGUUUGGUUGAAUACUGACCAGGCGGAGAUGAAGAGAGAUUUACAGAUGACACUUCUGUUCUAAAGCAACAUUAUGAGAAGAAAGUUCAUGCGUUGGAACAAGAAAAAAGAUCAAUGCAGAAUGAAAUUGAGAAACUCAAACACAUACUUUCAAACUUAUCAUCCAGCACUGAUUAUAGUGCUCAAAAACUUAAAGAAGAGUAUAUUCGGAAGUUGAAUUUUCUUGAAUCUCAGGUUGCUGAGUUAAAGAAAAAACAAGAUGCCCAAUCUCAGAUCUUGAGACAGAAACAGAAGAGCGAUGAUGCUGCCAAACGCCUUCAGAGUGAGAUACAGAGCCACAAAGGAUUAAGCCUCAAAAGGUUCAAUUGCAACAAACGAUAAAGCAAGAAUUUGAGCAAUUCAGGUUAUGGAAAGCAUCACGAGAGAAGGAAGUCCUUCAGCUCUACUGAAUAUGACUUGUACAUUUUCAUUUCUACGGCUAAAGGAGGGAAGAAGAAAUGAUACGAGAUGUUUAAGACUUUAAGCUGCGGGCAUUUAAUCGGAGACAGCUAACUACAAUAAUUCAAUAACAAUGACCAAUCCUUGUGCUAAGUCAUUCGUGUUUGUGAUACCAUUUACAUUAUUUUUGUUUAUUUACUUGUUGAAAUUUCUUCCAUCAUUUGUAAUGGAGCUAAAAAUUCAUUAUUUUUUGGCUUGAGAAUAUGAUGAAAUAAAGCAAAAUGGCUCACUAAACUAUUUGCGCUUCUUUGUUAUGAAGUAGCAGUCAGUUCAUACAA